AUGGCAGAGGACCGACUUCAUUACGGUGACUGGAUUGUUAUUGCGGCCUACUUCGUCUCAGUCAUUCUUGUUGGCAUAUUCUCAUCCUGCAAGAACCGUGGCUCAGUCGGUGGUUACUUUUUAGCUGGCAGAAGUAUGAACUGGAUUCCAGUGGGAGCUUCCCUGUUUGCCAGCAAUAUUGGAUCAGGCCAUUUUGUAGGGCUGGCUGGUUCUGGAGCUGCUACAGGCAUUGGUAUAGCUGCCUUUGAGCUGAAUGCAAUCUUCAUUUUGAUGAUGUUGGGCUGGCUAUUUGUGCCUGUCUACAUUGCAGCUGGAGUAUUCACUAUGCCAGAGUAUCUGAGGAAACGUUUUGGUGGACAGAGAAUUCGAAUCUACUUGUCUGUUCUUGCCCUCAUUCUCUACGUCUUCACCAAGAUUUCUGCUGAUUUGUAUUCAGGAGCUUUGUUUCUGACCCAAGCCAUGCCGGAAGCUGAACCUGUAUGUUGCCAUCAUCAUCUUGUUGGCUGUUUCUGCACUCUUCACUAUAGGAGGUGGACUGACUGCUGUAAUAUGGACAGAUUUCAUUCAGACAAUUAUUAUGGUGCAGGUGCCUUUGUCCUCAUGGUCAUGGGUUUCAUUGAAGUCGGAGGAUAUGAACAACUGCGUCACAGAUACUUUUCGUCCUACCCAAAUACAACACUGCAGCAUCUGGGCAAGAAGGACAACUACUCCUAUAGCAGCUGUGGCAUCCCCCCUGACAAUGCCUAUAAUCUUGUGAGGUCAGCAGACGAUAAUGAUCUCCCUUGGCCUGGUGUCUUUAUUGGCUUAACAGUGUCUUCUGUCUGGUACUGGUGUUCUGACCAGGUGAUUGUCCAGAGAGCACUUGCUGCCAAAAACCUGUCCCAUGCAAAGGCUGGUUGCCUGUUGGCUGCAUAUCUCAAGUUUCUGCCACUUUGGUUGAUUGUAUUUCCUGGUAUGAUUGCUAGGGUCUUGUAUACUGACAAGGUGGCCUGUGCUGACCCUGCUGUGUGCCAGGGUGUUUGUGGACAAAGCAGCUGCACAAACAUUGCCUUCCCUACCCUAGUGCUGGAACUCAUGCCAGCAGGACUGCGGGGCCUGAUGCUGGCGGUGAUGAUGUCUGCCCUCAUUUCCUCGUUGACUUCCAUCUUCAACAGCAGCAGCACCAUAUUCACCAUGGACAUCUGGAGGAGGAUCAGAAAAAAUGCCACGGAGGUGGAGCUGAUGAUUGUUGGAAGACUCUGUGUGCUGAUCUUGGUUGGUGUUGGGAUUGCAUGGAUUCCUAUUGUACAGAGUGUCACUGAACUGUUUCACUACAUACAGGCCAUCACCAGUUUCUUAUCGCCCCCAAUCUGUGCCGUUUAUGUGCUGGCUAUUUUCUGGAAGAGAACCAAUGAAGCUGGUGCCUUCUGGGGCCUGAUGCUUGGUCUAUGUAUUGGGAUCACCCGUUUUGCCUGGGAGUAUUCAUACACAAAUUACCCAUGUGGAGAAGGGUACAAGUCUGAGAAGCCAGACAUCAUUAGCAAAGUUCAUUAUCUACAUUUUGGCAUUCUUCUCUUUGGAAUAGUCUUUGUCACAGUGGUAGUCAUAAGCCUUCUGACUGCACCCAUUGAUGACAUCCAU